AUGCAUAAGGAUGUUCCUCCAAAUGUGCAAAAGUAUAGAACAGUUUGAGUACCCCCUUGCAGGGAUUUCGCUCAAGCAUGCCAAAUUGCAUUUUGAAACAUUUUAGCAAAAAAAACAUCCAGUCCAGCCGAAUGAAGCACCGGUGUGAUGUGAUGUCAAAGCUGUUGCGGAAGAAAUGGAUAAAUUGAAAAACCUGCUUUUCGUGAAAAACGGGAACUUUUCGAACGCGCAGAUCAAGCUGCUGGCCUUCACAUCUCUCAGCAUGCUGGUGCUAAUGGUGACCGGCGACGGCCUCCAGACCCCCCUGGGCUACAUCCGAAACGUCAAGCGGGACCUGCAAAAGGAGGCGCAAGAGUCGGAGGAAUCGAUGGAAAAGAAGCUGCUCAACGAAUUGGGACACACCACCUACCACGAAUGGAAGAAGGCUGGCAUCAUUCCGUCGGACGAUGAAAAGAAGUGAAAACCCAAGUGGGGUCCGCCGCUUGUCUCGUGCACACACCCCGUUUGAGAGGGCUUCCACCAGCUGCUUCUCUAAGAUUAACCCCAUUCGAUUUUGUCUUCACUUAUUCCUGCGAAGUUUCAACAUUGCGUGAGCGAAAAGGAAGAAGAAAAAAAAAAAACCAUUGAAUGUUUCUGCUUUUUUGUGAUAAAGGGACGCGACGUCGAUAUUGUAGCGCUUACGGUUGCCUAUAUUCACUUGAAAAUAAAAAAAGAGAAAAAGUACACUCUCUUUUUUAGGAGGGCUAUCCUCACUUACAAUGCGUAGCAGCUCAACUUGGAGGGAAGAAAAUACCAAUGGUGAGGUGCCAAGGAAAAUGAGCACAGUUGUAAUGAGGAGUUGACAACAUUUGCG